GAAGAGAGUCGCUGUCGUAACCAACGGUUUGACUUCUGUAAUCUAAAAAAGUGCACUAGGUUAUGUAAUAUAGCAACUGAAUUUUAAUAUCAUUUGUAAGCGGGGAGGGGCAGUUUUUCAGAUACGUUUAUUAAUGGAAGUUAUUAUAAAUUGUUAUCAAUCUAGGUUUACAUUUGUGGAACCUGGUCACCAAACAGACAGCCAGAGCGUCUCCUUUAACAUUAAUUUCAACCAACACGGGAGUGUCCUUCGUUACUCAAACACACUCACUCUUUGCGGAUAGGUCACUUCACGAUAACUUCUGGAGGGAAAGCUUCGAUGCCAAGUAAAAACAGCACCAUGUGUUGCUCUGGCUGGACACAGAUGUCUGAAACUGCUCUAGAGGAAAGUUCACGUUUAGCCUAGCCGAUGAAGACGCACUUGAGCUCGGAGCUUUAAUUAAAACAUGCUGCGAAUCGACCUGACUUUCUCAAUCACACCGGAAGCACCUCAUUGGUCUUUUUUCUUGACAAAGGCGUCAACAUCAAUGCCAGCUGAGCAAUCCGGGUCCCGACUAUUUCCUCAUCUCACAUUGGAACCCAGCCUUGGACAGGGUUUGAAGACUGCUAUGACUAGAUGACAGAACCAGGAAGUUCAGAGGAGCCAUGAUAUUUCUCAAAAUGCCUAGAUUAAAAAGAAAACAGCUACAUCUAAUAAUAAUAUGCUUUAGUGCUUUAGUGCUCAUGGCGUACUGGGAAAAGAUCGACAAUAACAUUGUAACCCAUGUAAUGUCUUUCUCGUACCGCUAUCUUCUCAAUAGCUUCACGUUCAUUAACACAAGCUUUAGAGUCAAUCCCGAAGACGCUAUCAAGUACAGCAACCACAGAUACCUAAUAAACCACGAGAGGAAGUGUGGUGAAAAAGACGUUCUUCUCCUGCUGUUUGUGAAAAGCUCCUCUGAGAACUUUGAAAGAAGACGGGCCAUUCGCUCUACUUGGGGAAACGAGGCGUACAUUGAAAGGAUGCUGGGUGUUACUGUAAGGGUGUUGUUCGCUCUUGGCCUCCACCCUGAACCAGAGCAAAGAAGACGACUUCAGAUACAACUGUUGUUUGAGGACCAAAGAUAUCAUGACCUCAUCCAGCAGGACUUCAUAGACACCUUCCACAAUCUUACUCGGAAGCUACUUUUGCAGCUUGGCUGGAAAGAAACCUACUGUCCCCGUGCACAGUUCCUAAUGUCUGCAGAUGACGACGUCUUUGUCCACAUUCCCAACUUAAUUCACUUCUUGCAAGGGAUCGGUCGCAGUAAUGCCAAAAACCUUUGGAUAGGAAGGGUGCACCACGGUUCACCACCUGUCCGAGACAAAGAAAGCAAAUAUUACGUUUCCCAAGACUUGUACCCAUGGUUGUCUUACCCAGACUAUACCCCUGGCUCUGGGUAUGUCCUCUCCAGAGAUGUGGCUACCAAAAUCUAUCAAGCUGCACUCACCAUAAACGCUUCCUUUCACAUCGAUGACGUCUUCCUCGGGAUCUGCGCCAAAGUGAUAAACAUUGCUCCCAAGGACCAUGCGUUCUUUUCGGGAGAGGGAAAAGCUCCUUAUCACCCUUGUAUCUACAACCAGAUGAUGACUUCACAUGGACACGUCAGCGAUUUUCAUGAAAUGUGGAAGCGUGUAACAGAAGCCGAAGCUGGUCAGAUAUCCUCAGGACUGAUUUGGAGGCUCUACUGUACUGUCACGAAAGUGAGGCUCCUAUGCGUACCAUUUCUUUCAAACUCUUACCCAUGCAAGGCAGCUUUUUUUUGAAUAUGACAGUUUUUAAAAUUGAUAAGAACUCAUAUAUAUAUAUAUAUAUAUAUAUAUAUAUAUAUAUAUAUAUAUGU